AUUCCUUGUGACGCAAUAGGAACUCGUCCUUUCCGUCGACCUACCGUGAGUGAAACAUGUCGCAUACGUUUGAGCGAAGAAGCGAUGACGAAUGGCAAGAGGACUCCAAAAAUGGUCCUAGUGAAAGUGAAGAGUUGUCGCAUGAUGGCCCUUCCGGCAUGGAUCCGGAUGGGAUCAUUGAGUCCAACUGGGAAGUUGUCGUAGACAACUUUGAUGAAAUGCACUUAAAGGAAGAGUUACUGCGUGGUAUUUACGCCUAUGGCUUUGAAAAACCAUCUGCAAUUCAGCAACGUGCCAUUCUUCCGUGUAUAAAAGGACAUGAUGUAAUUGCACAAGCACAAUCAGGAACUGGGAAGACUGCUACAUUUUCCAUUUCCAUUCUACAACAAAUUGAUACCAGUCUCAAGGAAUGUCAAGCCUUGAUCCUAGCGCCGACUCGCGAACUUGCUCAACAGAUUCAAAAAGUUGUUAUCGCUUUGGGAGAUUUUAUGCACGCAGAAUGCCACGCGUGCAUUGGCGGUACCAAUGUACGUGAAGAUAUGCGGAAAUUGGAUCAAGGUGUUCACAUAGUAGUCGGAACACCGGGUAGAGUUUACGAUAUGAUUAGUCGACGAGCAUUGCGGGCCACCGGUAUCAAACUGUUUGUACUGGACGAGGCCGACGAAAUGCUCUCUCGUGGUUUCAAGGAUCAAAUUCACGAUGUAUUCAAAUUAUUACCUCACGAAGUGCAGGUCAUACUGUUGUCUGCUACCAUGCCAUCAGAUGUCUUGGACGUAUCAACAUGUUUCAUGCGAAAUCCGAUUCGUAUUUUGGUUAAAAGGGAAGAGCUCACGUUGGAGGGUAUUAAACAGUUCUUCAUCUAUGUCGAACGCGAAGAUUGGAAAUUUGAGACUCUUUGCGACUUAUACGAUACCUUGAGUAUUACGCAGGCAGUUAUUUUCUGCAAUACCCGGCGCAAAGUAGAUUGGUUAACGGAGAAUAUGCACAGCAAGGACUUUACGGUCUCCGCCAUGCAUGGAGAUAUGGAACAAAAGGAACGAGACCUCAUCAUGAGACAGUUCAGAACCGGAUCAUCUCGUGUCCUCAUAACUACUGACUUAUUAGCACGUGGUAUCGACGUUCAACAGGUCUCACUCGUCAUCAACUAUGAUUUACCUUCCAAUCGUGAAAAUUACAUUCACAGAAUCGGACGAGGUGGUCGUUUCGGCCGCAAAGGAGUGGCUAUUAACUUCGUAACUGAGGACGACAAACGGGCCUUGAAGGAUAUUGAACAUUUCUAUAACACUAUGAUUCUUGAAAUGCCAUUGAAUGUCGCAGAUUUAAUUUAAAUCUGGCUAUUGGCUAUAAUUCAUUAUAAUUAAAAAAAAAGAAAUAAAAGCAAUUUUGAGCGGUCCAGAAAUGAAGGAGAUAUUUUCGAAAAUAAUUACCAAAUUGCAUGAUUCGGUCUAGAAGUUUUGUAAAUCAAUUAAGUUUUUAAUUUCUUCUAAUUGGUGGGUUAAUAAUAAUAAUCAAUUUAUUUAUAUGCUUGCAUAAAUUAUUCUGAAUGAUUAUGGAACAUUUCGUAUAAUUUUAUAUCUUGUUAAUAAAACGAACUAUGAAAAUACGUUUCACCUCCUUGGUGUGUAUUUAUGUGUUUCAUUGGGAAUAAAAUAUUAGUGCUUAGUAUUGUGAGA